AUGUCAAGAUCUAGAACUGUGAAAGGUGUUGCAGCCGGGAUCGGCCUCGCGUCCGAAAGUAUCUUAGCCUACAAGGCGAACAGACGCGAGAAGGAGAAGAAGACCCAAAGUCCCGAAGAAAUUGGGAUAGCCAGCACCGGGUCACUGACAACAGAGGAGAAAGACCAUGUCCAUCAUGAGAGGAUAGUCGAAGAGCAACACGAAGAGGAGUGGGAACUCGACGAAGCCCAGGAGGAGCUGACCCGUACCGCUAGAACGGGUCAUAACGGAACAGACCAGAGCCUUGAGCAGCUCGCUGAAUCAUUUCUCCAAAAGUAUCCACCGCCAUACACACUAUACCCACCAACUGCUCAGCCGAGCCUCCCGUAUCCGGUGGUGCUUCCACAGCGACGGCCCAGGUCUCGCAAGAGAGGCUUCAUCAGGGCGUACGCGCCCGUGCUGGAUGACUUCGGCUUCGAUCAGGCCAUGUUUCUGGAUUUCUUAGAGACGUCCAAUCGGGCCUGUCAGGCGACGCCGUGGUUGCACGCGAUCAAUCUAGCAGGAAUCGGCGCGAGUUUCAUGCCCUCCGCGAUUGGGAUUGUGGUCGGAAUUGCCAUUCAGCUGACGACCGAUGUCGCGGUCGCAAUGGAUGCAAGGAGAAAAACAAAUCUAUACUUUGACAAGGUCAACGAAGAGCUCUUCCGCCCUCGGGGCCUUUAUUGUCUGCUCAUGACAUGGAAACCGGAGUCCUCGUCGACGAUUGCCAGCUUCGAUCUCAACUCAACAGUUGCCACAUCCAUUGAGCAUGGCGGACCGGCGCCAUUCAAUAAGAUGAAGCACCUGUUCAAGUCCUCCCACGGCAAUACUUAUGGCGAUAUGCCUUUCCCUGAAACGGCACCUCUCAUUUUCCCAGAUCUUGAUCACUUGGCCGCACAGGGUGACGAAGGUGCAACCAAAAUCAAGAGUGCCAACUCAUCGCGUAGAGAAUUCGUGGCCGACUAUUUUGACCGGAGGUCACAGGCUCAGUUUACGAUGGAACAUCCGGACAGCGCCCUCAACAAAGCACCAAAGCCCGAAUUCACUUCCCGUUACGCCGAUCCUAGUCACCCUGCUAGUAGCGGAUCGGCUCUCGGGCUGAUCACCGGGGGACAUCUUACUGGUGAGCAGCUUAAGGAGCUUCGAGGUGGUAUGCGGGGGUGCGAUAUAUCGGGCCAAGGCCAAGGAUACGAGACUCGAAGCCCACGAGGCCGUCCUAUUGGGCCAUUGGGAGCCCUGGUAGCCGGUAUACGCUCUGCUAGAUUCGGACAAUCAUCGAUGGAGCAGCCAAGAAGCGCGAAUGAUGAUGAAUAUCAGGGCGGAGGCCCGGGAAGACCUAACGGUCGCCUGAGUUCUCGCAAUCCUCGAGAGUGGCUGCAGACCCGAGGCCCAAUCGGCGGCAUACAGAAGUUCCUGAAGAGUAACGUUCUUUACAUGAUGAUUGUCAACCUACCGACAGAAGAAGAGAUGGCGCAGGCCCGCGCGGUGCUACGAUUAUGA